UACAGUUGUUUCUGAUAUUGUCUUUAAGUCACUUUAUCACAUUUCGAUGUUGAAUUACAUCUAACUAAAUAGACACUUAAUUCCGUUGUCUCACAGUUAAAAAAAAAAAAAUGAGAUAUUGAUAUUAAGUUAUUCUACACCUAAUCUACACGAUGUAUAUGCCUAGGCAAUAUGUCAACGGUUUUACAAAAACAAACAGUCUUCUCAAACUAUUUAUAAAGCCAACCAAACAGCUAACUCACCCAAACCAAUUUUCUCAACCCCCAAACACCCUCAACUUAUAUCAAAAAAAGGAAGAAGAAAAUGAAGCUGGUCUGGUCCCCGGAAAGAGCUUCAAGAGCUUAUAUUGACACUGUUCAAUCCUGUGAGCUUUUCAAGGAGUCUGGUGUGGCCGAGUUUAUCUCCGCCAUGGCCGGCGGCUGGAACGCGAAGCUGAUCGUGGAGGCGUGGUGGCACGGAGGUGCAGUGGGGACCAGUAUAGGUUUAGCUAUGGCUGCCCGUCAAACGGGUGGCCGACACGUGUGCAUGGUGUCUGAUGAACGGUCCAGAUUAGAGUAUGUAAACACCAUGCGUGAGGCCGGUGUGUCGCCACCGGAAGUGGUGGUCGGAGAGGCUGAGGAGAUGAUGCUAGGGCUGGUGGGUGUUGAUUUCCUGGUGGUGGAUGGACGGCGCAGGGACCUUGCUAGAGUGCUUAGGUUUGCUAAGUUGAGCCACCAGGGCGCAGUUUUAGCAUGCAAAAAUGUUAACCAAAGGAUCGUGGCUGGGUUCAGAUGGAGCAGGGUUCUUGAUGGCGCAACACGUGUCGUGAGAUCAGUGGCUACUCCAGUGGGGAAUGGAUUAGAUAUUGCUUACAUAGGUGGGACCACGAUUUCUCCUAAGAGUACUAGCCGUUGGAUCAGCUACAUAGAUCAACAGUCAGGAGAGGAGCAUCUGUUCAGGGGAUGAAUUUUGAUGUCAGGAUUCUCUACCUUGAAUAAAAUCAUGAUAUGUAAAAGUUUAAUGUCAACAAAAUCAUGAUAUGUACAAAUUUUUGAUACAAUUAAAUCUAGUUUCAAAAUAUUACUGUCAACUUGAAAUAAUGUG